GGUAUGGAGAUUUAUGUUCUGCUUCUAUCUCAGCACCGUGGAGUCAAAGAAGUCACUAAAUGGAUGUCUAAGACAAAUGGAAUCCAAGUUUCAGAGAUUUCUCAGCACCGUUUCCCGCAGACAAGUGGAUUUCCCGCUGUGGUCUUUUGUUCUUUAGUGAGAUACUCCCAAAAGUUCUUUAAAGGACAAUGGGAUAAAGAAGACUGUGUUGCUGAGUUGAACAAUUACAUAGACCGUCUCUUGAUAUUUUCUUUGGCAAAUACCAACAGAAAACAACCAGAUAUACUUGGUGAGCUAACUGCUAUCAGGAGCACAAUCAACGAUGGGACACACGGCUCACAGCAUGUUAUAUUUACUUUACAUAUAGAUAGGGAUGUGUAUGAAUGUGUAAGCCUUUUUGACGGAUUAGCUUACGUAUUUCAUGACAAAUUGAAAAGCUACGGGUCAGAACCAAAAGUUGUGUUGGUCACUGGCAAUCGUCUUUGUAUUUUUCUAUUACAAUGGUGGAUUUGAGUUCUAGAAAUUUGAAGAAUGGAUCCUUAUUCUGCUGUUAACACUUUGUAUAGAUUUUACUCUUUUUUUAAUAGUUUUCUUAUACUGUUUUUCA